CCAUCCUGCAGUUCCACUUGUCAGCAAAAUCCCUUUUUUUUAUGGAAUUGGAGAGAACUCUCAAGACGCAUUCUUGAACUCCGCGCUCCAAGCAACAAGACACGCGCAUUUCCUCACCGCAUUGUGCUAUCAGCAGUUCAGUCGUGCACAACAACAAGCGCUGUCUAGCUAGCAAAACAGGAUCAGCGGCCAUGGCUCUCCGUCUCAGCGACAUCCACCCACCCACACCAUCAAGCGCGGAUAGCUUUAGCAUCCGUCGCCGCGGCGUGACGCACAAAACGCCGCCGCAUUUCCCCUCCGCCGCGGCGGCCGCUGACGGCCCUUCGGAAGGCUCUCACCGCCAAUGUCACUACGCCGCUCUUGGUAGCGCAACGCUCGCAGCCCAACUCGGAGUCAAGAGCCAUCGCGGCUCGCGGAAAUGCAAUGUCUCCGCGUUGGAAACUCCGCCUCUUACAAGCGUUCUCGGGAAGCGUUGCGCGGCGGCUCUCGCGGGGACUCAGAGCGGCGCAGCGACGGACCUGGAGUUGCCGGAGUCGAAGCGACGAGAUUGCGACAGAUCCCUGCGACAUAUUCUGGAAGAGUCGUCUCCCCCGGCGGGGAUGGACAUGUUCGAGGAGCUUGGACGGAUGAAAUCGCUCCAGAAAACUGCCGCUCAAAGCGGCUCCCGGCCGAGGUCGCCGCCUGCGACGUCGCUUACCGCUUCCGUCGCUCUACAACAAGCCGCUUCCGCCGCCGCCGCGUCCCAAGGCCGUUUGCUCCGAUACAAGGCUCUGGCGGAAUGCCCACCGGCGCGGAGUGCGGCGGCGGCUGCGGCGUCGUCAUCGAUGUCGCGGGGUAUGGCGGCCCGGCACGCUGCUAAGGAAUGUCCGACAACGAUCUGCGGACUGCUUCGGAACAUCAAGCAGAAGAAGCGCGCCGCCGUGUCAUCGCCGCGGCCGUCCUACGUGGCCUCACCGCCGCAAUACGUGACGUCAUCUCCACGUAUCGUGAUGUCAUUCCACGACGGCCGUCACGUGAGCGCGACGACGCAGCGACAUCCCGUGGCUAUGGAAACCGACAUCGCGGCGACCUUCAAGACCAACCUCUGCCCCGCUUUAAGUUGCGCGUCGGCAGCUUCUAUCCGACGCGCCAUUUCCCCUCGCGACGGCAUUUCGGCGCCGCGACACGUCACAACCUCGCAAUACGCGUUUCCACCUGCCCAAGCUUGUGAAGCGGACGCACGGCUAAUUCGAACGGUGGCGCGACAUCAGGAGAAAGGGAACGACGGAAACACGUGGGUUGAUGAAAUGGCGGCCUUUUCUUCAAACCCUCAACUGUUUUCGACAAACCCUAAUCUCCUCCCGCGCAUUCCUGCUGCUUCACCGCCACCUAACGAAAAUGCUCGUUUCUCUGCGACAGUUGCGAUGGUACCGCACGAGGUUUCGCGCAGCCUACUUCUGCCAGCUCGACUUUCGGCAAUGCCGCUGUCGCUCGCUCCGUUCUCGACAGCUCGGAUUUCGCAGGCUCAACCUUCGCAAGUUCAACUUUCGCAAAAUGAGGUUUCGCCAACUUUCGCGCUUGCUCCAGCAGCUGUUUCAGAACUCGCAUCUGCGCCGAAGCCUUCCGCUGCGCCUGCCCCUCGACUAGUAGCGCCUACCGCCGCGUUUGUUGCUCCGCCCACCGCCGCGAGCUUAGCAGCAGCCCCUACUGCACCUCCGCGCAAGGGCGAUGAGGAUGUGGAUAAUAUUCAGGGUAAAUACCCUUGCAAAAAAACUACACUCAGGGGAAAAGAGCCAUCAUGGAAUAAUUUGGUGACACUUUUGGACCUGAAUGAGGGCCAACUGAUGGCUGAAAAUGAAGGCGCUGACGCCAGCCAGACAGACGAUGACGUCAGCUCCAAGGAAAUAAGCAGCAGUCAUCUUAGUUGCUACGGAAGCAGCCAAGCUGACACGAGUGUGGAGGAUGGGGAUGUCAAUAACGAGGAUGGCGUGAACGGGCAUUUCAGCUUGGAGCUGCUUGGUGGGCUGUUUGCAAUGGAGGAGGGGACUAAAGAGAAGGCAAUGCAGGACACAGGGUUAGACGGGAUAUGCAUGGAGAUUCAGAUGGAGGGUCAGAUGGAGGGUCAGAUGGAGGGUCAGAUGGAGGGUCAGAUGGAGGCACUAAUGACCCACGGCAACAACGGCGACAAUGACAACACAGCACCACCCAUCACCACCCCCAAUGCCGCCUCCUCCGUUCCACGUCCCCAUGCUUCUCCCUCUGCCUUUGUUGACAACGCACAAGCCACAUGUGCCACGUCAGCGUCCAUCUUUCUCCCCACUCCCAUGGAACCCACCGCCCCCAACCGCCAUCUGGUUAUACGGUUACCACAUCUGGUGCUCCCACCCCCUGGCCCUGGAAGCAGCAACAAUGAUUGGAGUGAUGAUUGGAACGACGACACCAGUGAUGCUGCUGAUGCUGCUGAUGCUGCUGAUGCUGGUGAUGCUGCUGCUGGUGGUGAUGCUUCUCCUUCUCCCCAUGCCUCCGCACACUCCCCCGGCCUCCCAAGCACACCGCCACGGCAAGACACAGGGUUCCCUUCCAGCGGGACGGACUCCGAAGAGCAGUGGUGGAGAGCAGCACAAGGGGAGACCUGGCCGCAAGGGCAAGCACGGCCACAGGUGGAUGCGCCGUCGCUAAGGCAGAGCGGUGCUGCGCUCAUGCCGCCUGCAGGUGCUGGUGGUGGUGGUGGUGGUGACUGCUACUCCAUUCCUGUGAAGGAGGAAGAUGCAGAGGCGUAUCCCGAUGCCUCUUUUGGUUUCAAACACGAGGAUGCAGAUGAGAACGCCAAGUGGGAGAGCUCUACAAGCAAGUGCACGGACAGGGGCAUGAGCCUGGGGAAGAGCAGCAGAAACACCGACAGUUACGGGCAGUCACCACGCGGGUGUGGAGGAGGGAUUCCAGCUGAUGGCGCUUCAAAGAAGAACAAAAGGCGGGAAUCCAAUAGAGCAUCGGCCAAGCGCAUCCGAAUGAGGCAGCAGGAGCACCUGCAGAAGCUGGAACUCGAGACGCGUGAUUUAGCGGCAGUCUGCAGGUCGCUGGGAGCACAGCUGGCAGCGGCAAGCAGAAAGAUGGAGGCAUUGAAGGAGCAAAACGAGGCCAUGGUAGGGGAGAAGCACAGGCUGCUGAGACUGCUGGGGGGAGAAACAGCAGUUUGAGCCAUCUCAACAUGAACAAGGCGCUGCAAGCACAGCUGGCAGAGGCAAGUAGAGGGAUGGGGGUUAUGAGAGAGCGGGGAUCGAGGGUCUGGUGGGGAGAGGCAAAAGCUGCUGAGACUGCCGGCGGAAGGGGAAGCAGUUUGAGGCUUUUGAUACUCUAGGCAAGGCGCUGCGAGCACAGCUGGCAGAGGCGAGCAGAGAGGCAGGGGUAGUGAGGGAACAGAACAAGGCUCUGGUAAGGGAGAAGCAACGACCGCUGAGACUGCUGGGUUGUGAAGAAGCAAUUUGGGACUAAUAAGAACAAGGGGCUGCGAGCACAGCUGGCAGAGGCGAGCAGAGAGAAGGACAUUUGGAAGGAGCGGGAGGGGGGUUCUGGGAGGGGAGAAGAGAAGCCAAGAGUGCUGCUGCUGCUGCUGCUGGGCGACAAGGCAGCAUUUUGAGAUUUGAAGGAUAAGCAAGGCAGGAGCUGAGAGCAGAGCUGGCAGAGGAGGUAAGCAGAGAGGUGGGGGUUCUGAGGGAGCGGAACGAAUGCUCCUCCCACCAGCACACCAGAGCCGUGGGGUUUCUGUUCUGAGGGAGCGGAACGAGGCUCUCUGGUAAAGGAGAGGCAAAGACUGCUGAGACUGCUGAAACUGCUGGCGGAAGGGGCAGCAGUUUGGGCGGAAGGGGCAGCAGUUUGAGCGGAAGGGGCAGCAGUUUGGGCAGAAGGGGCAGCAGUUUGAGCUGAAGGGGCAGCAGUUUGAGCAGAAGGAGAAGCAGCGGAAAAGAACGGAAGCACAGGGCAGCAGCUGCUGCUGGGACUCAGUGGGAAGGAAGGAGAGGCACAAGGAGAGUGCCAAGGGAGGGAGGGAGGGAGAAGAAGGGGCUGCAUGGAUUGCCUGGGAGGUUUUGUACAGGCACUUUGGCGAUGAGGUGCUCCUGAUAACAGUGACAGGAGAGCACUACAGUAGUGCUAUGAUGAUUUUGCUUGGUUUUCCAAUGAGUGACUAGUGCUAGAGCAGGUUACGGCAGUGAUAGGGCAGUGAUCGGGCAGUGAUAAGCAGUGCUAGAGCAAUGCUCGAGCCCUGAUAGGGCAUCGGGUGGUACCCUGGAGGUUGCUCCCCAUGCUGGGGAGAAGAUUCCAGGCCAGGCUAGUUGAUGACACAAGCUGACCUUCGGGAGAGAGCUACUGGUCUAAGAUGGAAGCUGCUGGGAAAUAAAGCUGUGUGUGUGUAGAGGAGGAUACACCCUGGAGGUUGCUCCCCGUGCUGGGGAGAAGAUUCCAGACCACGCUAUGGUGGCCUUGACGACAAGCUGAGAUGGUAGCCGUUGGGAAAUAAAGCUGUGUGUGGGUUGAGACUACACUAGUGGUUAGUUGUGUACAGUUUAUAUUUUUCUUAAUGGU